UGCCAUGGCAACGAUGCUCGAUGGGCUUUAGCGGGGACUUCCCCGAUUUUCAGUCCAAGGCGAACGUACGUGCGGCUAGCCGUCUGCACCUGUACCUCAUAUCGAUCACACGCCCAAUCGGUCAAUACACGGGCGUUACAUUCAGUCUGCAUCGCUCGCGCUUCUCUCCCUUGCACGGGUUAAUUUCGCUGUAUUUUUUUAUUGAAUGGCUAUUCAAUGAUUCCCAGUUGUAUCUUUGCGUAUCGAGAAUUAAUAGUUGCCGCUGCCAGCCUUCCUCGAAUUUCUCAGUGUCAUUGUAGUUUGAAUAUUUGCAUUUCGGUGCUCUUUGAAUUUGGUGGGAACGCAAGUACAACAGCUUGUGCCGCGGAGUGCUUGUCCGGUCGGCCGCAGUUGGACCAAAGUCUGAACUGUGUAGCCUACUUGGACAUUUCAGCGAUGAAUGUUUAUCCCUUCUGAGCAGACGACUUUAUUAGCUUUAUUAACCCGGAGCGAAGGAUUAUCAACUAAACCGUGACAGAGACCUGGUAAUCAAUUCAGCACCAGACUUCCUUGUAGGUUUAUCGUUUAGUUGUGUCAACUGAAAAGCAGUGGAUGAACCGAUGACUGAGUCCGCUUAAUUUGUGGAUAUGAGCACUGCAGCCAUAUUAUCAUGAUCAGCAGAAGCAGCUGCGCGAACAAAACGUGAACUGGAACUUGGGUUGUUGUGCCGUAAAGCUGCUGGUAUCUGGACAGCAUGGCAUCUGUGUGGUCCAUCCCGAAUGCACUGACGUACAUUUGCGUCCUUGGCGUCUACCAUGUGAGCGCUCAGUUCUGUUUGAAGAACUCUGAUGGGAGCAGAAACUGUACUGUUGACAAUUGUGACCCGCCAAAGCUACCUCCUUUCCCAGAUUUAAGGAAGUGCAUCAACAACACAAAUCUUACUGAAACAUUGUCGCCCUGCUUGCCAGAAGUAACAACCACUGAGCAGCCUACUUCAACUUUUGUAGAGACAACAGCAGCUGAAACAUCUUCACCCGACACAGGCGUUUUCAGCACUAUUACAGGGACCAUAACCUACAUGUACAGCACGGGCCAGGGCAGUCCACAGGGCUCACCCCUGACAAGUGAGAUGGAGUCUCAGUCUGUCGUGACUAUUCACACCACAGCCACUCAUCCACCAAUUAGUGCCAGCAUGGCCUCAUCAUGGCCUGGUAGCCAUACAAGUGAAGUAGCUUCAUCCACUGCCACAUCGCCUGGCUAUACCUCAUCCACAACAGAUGUGGGUAAUGCCAUCCCUGUAGGAGAAAAUGUUACCACACCCACGACAGCCACUCCUGGUGCAGGAUUGGAAGUAUGGCUUAUUGUACUCAUUGUCUUCGCCUCUUUACUUGGAGGCUUGGUGAUUUUGUUCGUCGUGUAUUACGUGGUCAAAAAAAAGAAUGACACUUGUAAAGUCCACUGCGAAUCAGAGGCAAAUGAUUCCUCCACGGAUAAAGGUCACCAUUCUACAGACCAGUUAGACAACUCCAACCCAAGAACUGCUAGCGGUGCACAGGUGAUCUUAACGCCACAUGCUGCAGACCCAAUAGAGAGCCAGGACUCCAGAAACAGAACGUUCUCCGCUGGUUCCCAGGCAGGAGACACCUCAUUAUUAGUGGGAGAGUCCGCCGCUACCGGUCAGUCGGAGCCGAAGUCCCAGAAGAAAAAGAAAAAGAAGAGCAAAGAUUCCAAGCAGUUGGAACUAGGCCUCAUUCAAAACAAGGAGAUGGCCUAUGACCCGGCCAAAACAACGGAAGAUGUCUAAUCGGUAAAGGUAUCAGUAUUUUGGAAGGUCAGUGCCUUAACAGCCAGUGACACUCAAGUAUCGCUUAUCNAAGUAUCUGGUCCACUUAACGGACCAAUAAAAAAGGGAAAGCAGGAUAUAAAAAUUUGCUGUGCAGCUCAAAACAAAGAAAUGUUGGCAUACAAAAUUACUAGUUCCAAUUUUUUUACUGUAUACAUUUGAAAAAACGUACAGUACUUUCAUCCAAAUGUUAGUGGUACUAAUGUGGAUGACUUUUCAUCCAAACGAAAAAGGCCGAUUGUAUGAAAUACAAUGAAAUUCAACUUGGCUUGAUUUUGUGAGACUACAUGCACUUAUACAAGGGGCCUUGUGGGGUACCGGAACAAUGGGAAGUACCCCACAAGGCCAGUUUUUACCUUGUGGGGUACCAAAAUUGG